AUGGACUCUGGAAGGCGCGCCAAAAUUCAGCGCUACUACGACUUUAUUGAUUCUUCUAUUGAAGUUCUGCGGACAGCCAACGAGAAAUCUGAUACAUAUUCCAUCAAAGAGACUGUACGCGAACUUCAAUUGGUAGUACCAAAAUAUGGUAUUAGUCUGAGCCAGUUCAAAAUACUGCUUAAUGUCGUGCUAGACACCACGAACACGAGACUCUUUACUAAUUCAAUCAAAUGUCGAAUUGUAAAGAUUUGGCACUGUUACGAGCUGUUAGACUUUGAUGUAUUUCUCUGCAUUAUCAGCUCGUUAAAAUUAUCUACGUUUUCCAACGAAGGAACCACAAUACACCCGAAGAUUCAGACCAAUAUGAGCAAAUGGCUUGUCUCCAACUUUUUCAAUUUCAGGCUAGGUAAAGACUAUUUGCGUAUUCUUCCAUUUCUUUAUAAUAUGCUGCCAAUUGGGUACAUCAGAGGCCAUAUUAGCAUUAUCAUAGUUUAUUUGAUUCAGCUGAGUUCGCAAAUUGAUGAGUCCUUUAACAUCAAGUUCUUCCUCAAUGCUUCCAGAAUCAUAUAUUUGACUGAACUCUACGAAAAAGACAAGAGCGUGUUGCCUUUGGUGACAGUCAUCCAUAGCUAUUUGCAAGGAAAGGAUAAUUUACCUCUGUUCGAUACCUACAGAUAUAAAUUAGAAGAGAUCGUCGAGAAUGAAAGGCUUCCUAAGGAUGUAUUCAAGGCGGAUCACCAAGUGCUGGAGUCAUUGGUGGAUGUCAAAGUUCAAUACUAUCAGUUCAAUCAGAAUACUGAUACCAUGUCGCCGCUGAUGGAGAUUGAAGAUUUUCAGGAGUUUUACUAUAAUUUACAAGACUUCAAUCAAAUGCUCGAGUAUCUCAAUUUGCGAUAUGGGGUAUCAGCCGCGGGACAUCGAUAUAAGCGUAAAAAGCUUGACGAGCUUACUUUUGAUAUCAAUACGAUAGACAUGUUGACUUCCAGAUCAGUAGCAGAUUGCUACACAAUUCCAGCCUAUUUGCAGCAUCUGGACAACAUUUCUGUGCCUCGACAAAUGGGAUUGUUAUUAUACCAGAUCGAUGAUUUUUCGCAUUACAAAGUGCAGCCAAGUUUCAAAGUAACUGAAACUCUCGGCCUUUUCGUCCAAUUCUACCCAAAACUUCCUCUGUAUACCGCUUUGCUGCAGCUUGAUUAUCAAGAGCUGAACAAGUGGAUGGAAGUCGUUCUUGGUGAAGAGGGGCAAAAGCUCAAUCCUGCACACGAACCAUUAUUCAAUGGACUACUUGAACUCACUAGAAUCUCGCUAGUUCUUCUUCCAGCAUUGGAGGAAUUUCUGUUGUCAGGCUUGCAACCUGAAGACCCUAUUAUUGGUACCGUGAAGUUUUACGAAUUUUUACCUUACCUUGCAUAUCGACCUUGGUUACAAUUUGUACCAAUCUAUGAGAAGCUCAGGCCACUCUUAAAGAAUUCUGGUAGUGUGUCCCGUGCGUUGGAGUCUACAUCUGGUCUCAUCUCGAAUUGGUGCAUCGUUCAGACGCCUCAUGAGGACGAAGAAUUUUGGAAAACGGUCAAUAAUCUGAUAGAGAAUGUGAUUAGUGAUUUUACGGAGAGUUUUUGUGGCCAAGCAAACCAGUUUACCGAAUGUAAAUUAAGCUUUGUCAGAUUUUUGCGUGUGGUUUAUCGAAUCGACUAUGAGCACCUCAGAUUAUCAAAUUUAGUUUUGCCACCCGUUGUACUUUAUGAUCUAUAUUUUUCAUCGAACUCUGCUCUGAUCGAUGGGGUGUGUCGACAUGUGACAUUUUGCAGACGUUACUACGCAAACUUUCUUUCUACACAACAAGGACUUGGUGCAAUAAAUUCGGACUUGACUCAUGCAACGUUCAGCAUGCUCAAGAAUUUGCACAAUUCCUACGUGAUGGAUCUGUGUAAUAUUGUUUGGAGAGACAAGGCAUUCGACAAAAAUGAAAAAUCGACUGCCAAGGGGUUCAUGCUCCCUUAUGCUCUCACAACCAAAAUGCUUAAACAGCGCUAUCAUCACUACGAUUCAAGUUUCGACGAUAGGGAGGACUAUGACUUUGAUUCCAUCAAAAAAGACUUUGACGUCUUCUAUGCACCUGCAUACUCUUCAUUGAUUACUGAUAUAAUCCAUCGUCUUGAGGACCACAAUGGGGUUGAUAUUCGUCUUGCAGGGCCAUUGAACGAAUCCGAGUUCAACAGACUAAUCAGUAAUUCUGAACAAUGGUACGACAUGUACUCCGACUACGACUAUUUGAGACUGGAUAUAUUAGAAAAGUUGGCAGAUAUGGGUUUUGACGGAUUACCGGGUCUCCUUCACAGUUCACUGAAGAGUCUCUCGAUCAAGCUUAAAACACGAAACAAGUACUAA